UCAAUAAGAGUCUACAAAAUCGCACCAGACGCGUGGACUGUGCGCCUGUAGCGUUCACUUUGUUGGGAAACGGCUUUCCAGGGAAUAAUUCGGUCAUAUGCAGCGAUAACACGCCCGGAGUGGAGACUUUAACACGGGGGCAACACCAUUCAUGCAAAUAUUCCACAACCACUAAAUUACUUCAUGGGCAGGGGACUUUAGUACGAUGCAAAGAGGAACUACGGUGUUGUACUGACUUUCAAUUUUGAACGCCAAAUAUAAAACAGUCUGCAAUGGAGUUAUUAAAUCCAAGAAACACAGAUAUGGAGAUAUGAAACACAGACAAACCGCGUCAGGAUUUCACCCUCUGCUACACGCUGAAUACGGUUUGCUCAACUGUAAAAAAAUUUCAACCGCUGUAGAUAUAUUACGUUAGUGUAUAAAAUGACGAUUCGUGGAUUGUGUUCUUUCCUCAACGCGCUGCAGGGAAACGCUUUCUCUGGCUUUAUCUGAACGCCAGCAUUCGAUGGAAUUGCUGAAAAACUUCUAAUUGUAAAUUGUCGCGGAGAAUCAUGACGCUGGACCCCAUCGUCGCGUGCUGCCUCAGCGAGGAGGCGAAAGAAGCGCGUCGGAUCCACGGUGAGAUCGAGCGGCAGCUCCGCCGCGACAAGAAGGACGCUAGGCGCGAGCUCAAACUGCUUCUGCUGGGAACUGGAGAGAGUGGGAAAAGCACCUUUAUUAAACAGAUGAGAAUCAUUCAUGGCUCAGGCUACUCAGAAGAGGACAGGAGAAGCUUUACCAAUCUGGUCUACCAAAACAUCUUUACAUCUUUGCAGGCCAUGAUACGGGCAAUGGAUACUCUCCACAUCCACUACAAAUAUGAACAUAAUAAGGGCAAUGCAAACAUUGUCAGAGAAGUAGACGUAGAGAAGGUCGCCUUGCUCGUCAACCCCUAUCUAGAUGCCAUCAGGAGUUUAUGGAAUGAUCCAGGAAUUCAGGAGUGUUAUGACCGGAGGAGAGAAUACCAGCUCUCAGAUUCUACAAAAUAUUAUCUAAAUUCACUGGAUCGCAUUGCCGACCCUUCCUAUGUCCCCACCCAGCAAGAUGUGCUCAGGGUCAGAGUGCCCACUACAGGGAUCAUUGAAUACCUCUUUGACCUACAGAGUGUCAUAUUCAGGAUGGUAGAUGUAGGGGGGCAGCGGUCAGAAAGGCGGAAGUGGAUCCACUGCUUUGAAAACGUCACCUCCAUCAUGUUCCUGGUAGCACUCAGUGAAUAUGACCAAGUUCUCGUUGAGUCUGACAAUGAGAAUCGAAUGGAGGAAAGCAAAGCAUUGUUUAGGACGAUAAUAUCACAUAGCUGGUUCCAGAAUUCAUCAGCUAUUCUUUUUCUGAACAAGAAAGACCUUUUGGAAGAGAAAAUCAUGUUUUCACAUCUUGUAGAUUACUUUCCUGAAUAUGACGGACCCCAGAGAGACACUCAAGCCGCACGAGAAUUCAUCCUGAAGAUGUUUCUCGACCUGAAUCCAGACUCCGAAAAAACCAUUUACUCUCAUUUCACCUGCGCCACUGACACAGAAAACAUCCGAUUUGUAUUCGCUGCUGUCAAGGACACCAUCUUGCAGCUUACACUGAAGGAAUACAAUCUAGUCUGAACAGCAGCCGCAUAUGGUUUUUUCAUUGUCUUGCUGGGUUAAAGGACUCACCAGUCUGUAGCUAGAGUCUGCCUUAAUGCUGUGAGCCAUUAAAUUCUGCUUUAACUGUUUAAGCAGCCGAUUGUCGCUGAUUCUGCUCUAUGAAAUUGGACAGACAAGUUAUUUCUAUCUGUAGCGUAAGCUGAUCACUGCUUCAUCAUUAUUUAUUUGCACCUCAGAGCUACUUUACAGGGUUAAACUUGAAUGGUAUAAUUCCAUUUUAAUGAAUAAUGAUUUAUUACAUA